AUGUAUUUUACAUAUUUGGUUACAUUGCAUUAGGUCUGUCUGUACAAUUCUAACAAGAUGUUUUAUUUGCUAGAAUUGAAAGACUGCCACAUGCCGGUGGAAGGAGAGGUAUAUUCUCACAAGAGCAGGAGACCAUUAUUGUCAAUAUGGUCCUUCAAAAUAAUCUCAUUCGUCUGCGAGAAAUACAACAGCGAGUUGAGGAAGACAACGAGAACUUUGAAGGAAUCAACAGUGUGAGUCUCUCCACAAUUGACCGUGUCCUGAAACGCAACCUGAUAAGUCUCAAACAAGUCUACAGAGUACCAUUUGAGAGAAAUUCUGAGAGGGUAAAAGAGCUACGAUAUCAAUAUGUACAAAGAAUGUUUCAACUGGAUUCCAUGGAGAGGCCUCAUGAGUGCAUCUUCUUGGAUGAAGCUGGCUUCAAUCUCACCAAGAGGAGAAGGAGAGGCCGCAAUAUUAUUGGUCAACGAGCCAUUGUAGAGUUGCCAGGGCAGCGUGGUGGCAACGUGACCAUAUGUGCUGCCAUCAGCAGCUACAGGGUUAUUCACCGCCAUGUGACUUUAGGACCUUACAACACUGCCCAUCUUAUAACGUUUCUGUAUGCUCUACAGGAAGCAUUACUGAGACGUGAAGAGAGAGGUGAUGAGCAGGCAGAGCAUCCCAUGUACGUGGUAAUCUGGGACAAUGUGAACUUUCACCGUGGUCCUAGAAUCCGUGAGUGGUUUGAAAAUAACCCACGUUUUAUAAAUGUGUGCCUCCCACCAUACUCGCCCUUCCUUAAUCCCAUUGAAGAAUUUUUUUCUGCAUGGAGGUGGAAGGUCUAUGACAGAACUCCUUAUGCACAGGAAAAUCUCCUUCAGUCAAUGGAUGCAGCAUGUGACAACAUUGGAGUGGAAUCGAUUCAAGGUUGGAUUCGUCAUGCUAAAGGAUUCUUUCCCCGUUGUUUAGCAAGGGACAGGAUUGCCUGUGACGUUGAUGAGGUCCUGUGGCCUGACCAUGCCCAGAGGCAUGAUGCUGAGGCAGAAUGAUUCCAAGACAUUGCUAU